GGGCCGUUUGAUUGUUCUUUCUCUUUGUUCCUUCUCUCUCCAUUAUUUCUUUGAUCGACUUUGUCUUCCCGUGAUGGCAGGUUAUCCUCCACGAGAUAAUGGUUGCUACCAGUGUGGGGCCCCUAAUAAUUGGAUUCGUGACUAUCCGCAGUGUGCGUUUUGGCCUGUUGCGACUGGGGCUAAUGCUAUCCCCACUAGCACUCCGAUCCUCGCUCUGCUGCCUGUGAAUAAUUCCUCGGCUGCCUCUUCGGCGGCUAACCGUGCUCCAGCUAGCUCUAACCAGCAUCAAUCUUCUUCUGUUGCUGCCUCCAAUCAUGGCCAGAAUCGUCCUAAUUGGUGGACUCGGAAUCAGGAGAAGCCGGACUUAUGUUACAGUAAGGUGAUGGAGGAUUGUGAAAAGGAGGCAAAAAAUAGGGAAGAGGAGCGUCUGAGGAUCGAAAGGGAGGAGGAGGGGAAGCGCUUGAAAUGGAAGGGAGAGUUGGAGAAGUUUGAAGCUGAUAUGGGCCUUUGUUUGGAGAAGAAGCUUGAUGAGCUUGGGGCCUUUAUCAAAGGGAAGAGUACUAGCGAAGUACCCUUGACAAAUGGCUCGGAGGACGAGUUAACUAAGUUAAGGCGUGAGAACGGUGACCUGAAGGCUAAGAUCAAUUCUUUUCUGAAUAAGUCUGGUGACGACAAGGUGAUGUAUCUACCACAGGAAAUUAUGGAAUUACGGAAGCAAGUCACUUCGAAGCAGGCUAGCGAGGACGCCAUCUUCGCGUUGAAGUUGGAGGUUAAUGAGAUGAAGCGAUUGUCAAAUUCUAAACUAGACCUGGAGAAGGAGGUGGCCAAUCUCAAGAAGGAGAUCAGUUCGUUACAAGGGCGGAAGGAUAGGGUGACUGCGGAGGCCAAUCAAUGGAAGGAUGAGGCUCUCCGGUCGGGCAAUAAGCGGGGUAGUGUUGCUGUCUGCACUCCGGAUGGACCGGCGCGUGGCACUCCGAAACCGCGCUGGACGGAUACUAUGCGGGAUGCGGAUAAAUGGCGGGAGGAGUAUCGAAAUCUUCGCAACCUCCACCAGUUGGCAAACGUCGAAGCUGAGGCUCUGAAGAAAAAACGUGCUGAAGCUGAAGCCAAACGCAUGGAAGUUGAGCUGCAGGUGAAAAAGCUUGAAGAGAAGAUGAGCAAACUCACUGCGAGUGGGGAGAAGGGUGGGAAAGGCGGAGGUACUAAUUUGAAGGAUCGCAUGGAGGAGGUUGCAUUGCGAUCGGCCCGUAAAGGAGUUAAAGUGACGCCGGGCAGACUUGCAGGUCGCUCCCCCAGCUCCGGUGCAUCUCAGGAGGUGGCCGAAGUUAAUGAUCAUGCUAGUUUCGUUGAUGGAGAGAAGAACAAACUUCGGCUAUUACGGAAGGCGGGUUUGGAACCCCUGUGUAAGGAGGCCGGUAUCAAGCUCGGCAGAUUCGAGGACACCAUAUGCGAGCUUGCGGAGUAUCGUGCCAAGAUCAGGUUGGGAUCCUCCUUUGGCGAGGGGGGCGAUGCCAAGGAAGCUUGCUCCUUCGUCGAGGUCGAUGAUGAUUCGUCCAAGGAGGUAUGUGAGCAUGUCACCGCAGUAACUGCAGGUGGGACAGCGCAAGCUGGUGCCCGUUCACACGAUCAUGAACUCCAAGCACCGCCAUGCAGACCGACGACUGGGGGUGAUGCCGCAGUUGCAGCUGAAGUCCAAGCACUUGAAUGCAGUCCGCAGACCAUGGGUGAAAGUGGGGGAACCUCCACACUUGCUCCAUUGGCAAGAGGUGGCGGUGUUAGGAGUGGGCAUGAAGCGGGGAGAGGACAAACUAGCCGCGGACAACCUGCCCGCGGACGUGCAGGAAGGGGCAGGGGCAAACGUCCUCAUCCACGAUUCGGGGAGGAGGAGACGAUGAAACUCAUACGCUGCUGGUACGAAGUCAAGGCUACUCACGACGAUGAUUCAGAAGCAUGGGGGGUGGCAAAACUGAAGCAGCGGUUGUGGCCUGACGUAGAGAAGCUGGUGAGGGAGGCCAGUUACGACCGAUCCGACGAGGAGUGUAAGAACUGGUGGCACUUCGUGCUUAACAACUACAGGGCUGUGAAGGAUCAUGAUAAGUGGUCCGGCAAGCAGAAGUACUUUACCAUGAACGAGACGGAAAGGAAGAGAUGGGUUUUGGAUUUCCUAAUGCGUAGAGAGUGGUACGAUUUUAUUGACCAGCACGAGAAGGACAAAGACGCGAUAAAUAUGAACGACAUCACAGAUCUCGGCGCUGAGACAGAGAAUGUGGGGGUGGGCGAUGGCGGAGCAGACAAAAGUGCCGAGGCAGGAAAAGGCGGUGAUGAUGGUGCGGGUUCAGGAACGUCGUCACAGCCGCAGGACAAUAGGACGAACACUGCAGGUCCUUCAGAUUGUGCAAGGUCCAAUGCAGUCCAGGGUAACAUGGCCGCAAAGCGUCGAAGGGGUGGUUCUAAUGCAAGGGAAGUGGCCAUGGGUGCAAUUUGCGGAGCAAUGCGUGACCACACCACUGCGCAGGUUAGGUCAGAUAAGGAGCACCAUGCGAUCAUGCGUGAAAUCUGCGAAAAGAAGAUUGCCGCACAAGAAAGAAUCGCCAAAAUGACGUGUGAGGCAAUGGAGAAGGACACGGCAGCUAGGGAUCUCAGAGCUGAGAGGAUGGCUACUGAAACCCGUGCAGGGUACUCUUUGCUCGCCGAUGUUAUCAAGAGUCUGGCAGACCGCAACGCAACUCAAUAGGGGGUUGCCAGCAUUGAAAAAGAACCUUUUAAGAUACUUCGUAGCAGCAAGUGCAACUAUCGGUCGGUUUAGGUAGCUCACAAAAGUUCGAUUUUUCUGCCUUCGUCUUCGCCAUCCUUUUUGUAUGUCUCAAGGACGUUAGUUAGUGACAUGUUUGGCCAUCGGUUUAGUGUCACCAUCGGUUGGUGACAUGGCCAUCGGUUUAGUGACAUGCCCUCUGGGAGGUUAGUUAGUGACAUGUUUGGCCAUCGGUUUAGUGUCACGAUCGGCUGGUGAUAUGGCCAUCGGUUUAGUGACAUGCCCGCUGGGCCGUUAGUUAGUGACAUGUUUGGCCAUGGGUUGUUUUGAAUCCAGAGGCAUCCGUGGGACAAUGGCCGUCAACAUGCCGCGCUGCUGUAACAAUCAAGACUCUGUAAAUAG